AUGAGCGUGGAUGCUGCGGCAUGUGGCCUUGAUGUGACAAUAUUGAUUGCAGUAUGGCGCGUGGAGAGACCGGAAGCUCACGUAACUGUAUACCACGGUUACUUACACGUAACUGUAUACCACGGUUACUUACACGUACUACCUGAGCGACUCGACGCGAGCACUACUCUAUAUCAUAAUAUUUACAUGCAUACGAUAUUGUUCAGGCGAAACGCAGUCCCGACAGACUUGUGUAUAAAUGAGUUAACGACGAUAUGCGUAGAAGUUUUGUUUGGAAAAUGUAAAAUUACAACAGGUAACUAA